GAACAGAACAGAAUUUCGGGCAUAGGCAUAGAUGAGGUUUUUUUCUCCGUAUAUAUAUAGGCUGCAAUCUCUAGAGGACUGAGUUCCUCCUGUUAAUCUUUCAUUUAAUGCUUAAGAGAAACUUGUGGACACUAUGCUUAUAAUGGAAAUUAUUACCUAGAGCACAUCUUCUUGUGGCAAUAAAAGAUCUUAAAAUGGAAUAAACUGCUAAAAUAAAGGAGGAAACAGUCAACACUGUCAGAUGAAUUAGUUUGCAUUUUCUGAUUUCAGGCAUUUUAAAUCAGGGCAAUCGUGAUCUUUUGGGGGAACAAUAUUAAUUCCCCCCCCCAACUCUACCUAGCAAUUUUACAGUCCCUUUUAAGAAGCAACUUCCACCUCAAACUGGCAUGUGCAUAUAGAAGAAAAGAAAACAAGGAAUUGAACAGUAAAUCAUGACCUAAUUCUCAUUCCAACAUUAUGGAUAUUAUACUGUUGUUUAGUUUAUCGCUGAUGCAAGAUUUUAGUCAGCAAGGACUCCAGAACUAUCACUGUUGCGUGCAAAGAUUCUCUGAACUCCUUCCUAAAAGCACAAAAAGAAUAUCCAUCAUACUGAAAGAAAGUGAAAACACAUCUAGAGAGGAGUUGUCCAGAAAUCACACUGUGGCUGCUUUGCAAUGUUCUGGACCUCAAGGCACCAUGCAAGUACACUUCAUUGUUUCCGAAAAGAUGUACAGAGGGAAACUAAAAGCUUUGGAUCUCUUCUAUCGCCUGAAACAAAUCGCGGAUCCUGAUGAGAGGGGCUGUGCUGCUAAAUGCUGCUUGAUAUCGGCCGAUCACAGAAAGAGCCUCCAGAGUCAGGCAGAAGCUAGCAUUAUGGGGAAAGUGCUUCUGCCAGGGGUGUCGGAUUGUUUCAUCAUCAGCAAUCAAACUAAUAAUGAAAAUUUUGCAAGAAGUUUGGAAAAGGCAAAUGAAAUCGGAAUCAAUGCAACAUGUCAAGAAACAGAUGAGAUGGAGGACAGGAAAAAGAUAGGUGUCUUCCUGAAAAUAGCCAUCUUGUGUGUCAUGGUGCCCCUGAUGUUCUUCUUUAUGGUAUUUGGUGUAUGCGAAGUCCCCUGUCCUUGUUCCCUUCCUUGUUGGAGGCAAUGUCUCUUCCCUACGCAAAAACAUGAAGCAAAAGAGAAGAAAAUGACGGAAGCCACAAAUCCUGCAGCACACGGAAUCCCCACCAUGGCAGAAGUUUAACAUCAAGUCCCAACACCCCCAAAACAUCUUAAUUCAGGAGUGUUUAGGCAUUGCUUCUGAAAUAAGUGAAAUAAAAGGUGUUUUCUCAUUUA